AUGUCGACGACUACGGUGACAAUGACGGAGACGAAGCGCAAGAAAGGCGCUGAUCUCCCUCCGGAGAACGAGCGCUUCCUACGGUGCUGCGCGGACAUCGCCAACGCCCUCAUCGAGGACCAUGAGGCUUCCCAGGACUCGAGACGCCCGAAAAAAGACCUCAACUUGAACUCGCUCCGAUCAAGACUCGCCAAAAAGCACAAGAUUAACAACAUGCCUUCCCUGACUGCCAUUAUCGCCGCCGUCCCCGAACACUAUAAGAAGUACAUCCUGCCCAAACUGGUCGCAAAGCCAAUACGGACUUCUUCGGGGAUAGCAGUCGUUGCCGUUAUGUGCAAGCCUCACCGAUGCCCACAUAUUGCGUAUACCGGCAAUAUCUGCGUCUAUUGCCCAGGAGGGCCAGACUCCGAUUUCGAGUACAGCACACAGUCCUACACCGGGUACGAGCCUACGUCAAUGCGAGCAAUCCGCGCAAGAUAUGACCCGUUCGAGCAGGCCCGUGGCCGUGUUGAUCAGUUGAAGGCGCUAGGGCAUUCAGUGGAUAAGGUGGAAUACAUCAUCAUGGGAGGCACGUUCAUGUCUCUCCCAGAGUCAUACAGGGACGACUUCAUUUCCCAGCUGCACAAUGCACUCAGCGGAUACCAAACCUCGAACGUGGACGAGGCGGUCGAGGCAGGCGAAUUGAGCAACACAAAGUGUGUGGGCAUCACGAUCGAGACACGGCCGGAUUACUGCUUGCAACCGCAUCUUUCGAGUAUGCUGCGCUACGGCUGCACACGGCUGGAGAUCGGAGUGCAGUCUUUGUACGAGGAUGUUGCAAGAGACACCAACCGAGGGCAUACUGUCGCCUCAGUAGCAGAGACGUUCAGCCUUGCCAAGGACGCUGGUUUCAAGGUCGUCAGCCACAUGAUGCCCGAUCUACCAAACGUCGGAAUGGAGCGCGACCUUGACCAGUUUCGCGAAUACUUCGAGAACCCAGCCUUCAGGACUGACGGCCUCAAAAUCUACCCAACUUUGGUCAUCAGGGGAACAGGUCUCUAUGAAUUAUGGCGGACAGGCCGCUACCAAAACUACACACCAAACGGGCUCAUAGAUCUUGUCGCGCGUAUCCUGGCUCUUAUCCCCCCUUGGACUCGUAUCUAUCGUGUUCAGCGCGACAUCCCGAUGCCGCUUGUCACCUCUGGCGUCGAGAAUGGAAACCUUCGUGAACUAGCCCUUGCUCGCAUGAAGGACUUCGGCACAACCUGCCGUGACGUACGGACCCGUGAGGUUGGCGUCAACGAAGUCAAGAACAAGAUCCGACCCAACCAGAUUGAGCUUGUCCGGAGAGACUACACAGCGAAUGGAGGCUGGGAGACAUUUCUUGCCUACGAGGACCCCAAACAGGACAUUCUCGUCGGAUUGCUGCGCUUGCGAAAGUGCACCGAGAAGUACACAUACCGCGAGGAGCUCGUCGGCCAGCAGACAAGCCUGGUGCGUGAGCUGCAUGUCUACGGGACAGCGGUGCCUGUGCAUGCGAGGGACCCGAAGAAGUUCCAGCAUCAAGGUUUUGGAACCCUACUGAUGGAGGAGGCGGAGAGAAUAGCGAGAGACGAGCACGGGAGCGAGAAGAUCAGUGUUAUCUCAGGCGUUGGUGUGAGGAGCUAUUACAAAAAGCUCGGGUACUGGCUAGAUGGGCCCUACAUGAGUAAAUGGCUGGAUGGUAGACCAGGGGGCCAGGACUAA